GUUAUUCAUCGAUCUCGUUUUUUCAUGUUCUUUCUUUUUUCUUUCCAUUUUUUUCUUCGAAAAAUUUGCUUCCUCUUCGAUCUCUGUUUGCGAGGGUCUUACAGGGGUUUAUCGUUUUUUUCUCCAUCAAUUUUCUUUUUCCUCAUUUGUGUUUGAAUUCUUGGAUUCCCUCCAUGUCGCUGACUGUCUGUAAACCCUAGCGAUCUUCUUCUUAGGGUUUCAGUUUCGUUUGUUUUUCUCCUGGUGUCUCCUCGGCUUUGAAUUAUCUGUGUUGAUCGUAGAUUUCACCACUUGUUGGAAAGCUUGGAUGACGUUUGAUUGGAAGAUGCUUGAUUUUGGCGCUUAAUGAUGGGGUGAAUCUCGCAGUCCCAGUAAAACCUAAAUGACACGAGGAUUUGAAUAUGAGCCAUGGAGGUGGGAACAUUACGCGAGAGAAUGAAAACCCGGCGGAUCGUUUUAGGAGAGCUGGAGGUGAUGAUUUCGGGCGUGAGGUGUCGAAAGUUGCAGCAGCGCAGAUAUGCCAGAGUUUGGGAUUCCAGGGAUCGAAAGAGUCUGCUCUGGACACGCUUGCGGAAAUUGUAAUAGUAUAUCUUAGUGAUUUGGGAAAGAUGGCGAAUUUCUAUUCUAACUUAGCUGGUAGAACUGAGUGUAAUGUGUUUGACAUUAUUAGAGGACUUAAAGAUUUAGGAGCACCAGGGUCUCAUCAAGAUGCUGAGGUUAGCCGUUGUCUUGCAGGUUCACGUACAAUUCAAGAAAUUUUUGAGUAUGUGAAUUCGGUGCAAGAAAUUCCAUUUGCUCAGCCAAUGGCGCAGUUUCCUAUUAUUAAGAGCAGCAAGGUACUGCCGAGUUUCAUUCAGAUGAGGGAAACACCUCCUAGCAAGCAUAUACCCAAUUGGCUACCUGCUUUUCCUGAUCCCCACACUUACAUUUAUACGCCGGUGUGGAAUAAGAGGAUGACGGACCCUCGCACUGACAAGAUUGAGCAAGCAAGGCAGAGGAGAAAGGCAGAGAAGUCAUUGUUAAGUCUGCAGCAGCAGUUGGUAGUUAAUACUGACCAUCUAGAGGAAGAAUUACCUAGUUUGGAUAGUAGCACAUCCCAUGAUACAGAAUUGCAACCGAGGGAAAACACCGUUUCUGUGGUCAAAUCUCCUCUUAAACAUUCAGACACUGUGUUUGAUGAUAGCAGUUCUGUGUUAGAGGCAUUUGCUCCGGCCAUAGAAGCUGUUAAAGGGAGUGGAUUUUAUGAUGAUGAAGAGGGUGAGAAGAAGGAACUUCCCAUUGUUAGGCCUGCUGUUCAGUUUAAGUUUAAAACUGGGAAGAAGCUUCUUGGUGAUUCUUUGGAUUUGAUCAUUCAAAAGAAAGGAACUGGUAGAAGAGGGUCCUUGGUUGGACGGGACGAUGAAAGGGAUGAUAAGAAACGAAGAGCUGAAUACAUUCUUAGACAGUCUGUGGAGAAUCCGCAAGAACUCAAUCAGUUGUGAAUAAACAUAUUGACUGGCGUUCAUAAUUUAAUAUAGGUAUUUGGUAUCAGCUGGUGCAAUUGUUGCUUUAGUUUAAACCAUAUCUCCUUGUAGUACGGACAUUCUUGUAAUUUACAUGAGUUCCUUGUAUUUCCACUCAGGAAUUUUUCAGAGACGCAAAUGCUUGUGAAAAUUUUAUUGAGAAGGUUUCACGUCUCUUUUCAUCUCUCACAUUGUGUUUUUAACUGUUUGUUCUGUUAAAUUAAGAUAUUGAAUCGUUUUCUU